GUUGUCUUCCAGGACAUCCGUGACUGCCCGGGGCCUCUCAGCGCCCUCACGGAGCUCAAUGCCGCCGUGAAGGAAAAGUUCCGCCAUCUCCGUGGCCGUAUCCAGGAGCUCGAACAGAUGGCGAAAGAGCAAGAUAAGGAGUCAGAGAAGCAGGCCUUGCUGCGGGAAGUGGAAAACCAUAAGAAACAAAUGCUCAGCAAUCAGGCAGCUUGGAGAAAGGCAAAUCUAGCUUGUAAAAUUGCUAUCGACAACUCUGAGAAAGAUCAGCUGCUGCAGGGAAGAGACUCCUUAAGACAAAGGAAGACCACAAAGGAAAGUCUGGCAGAGAGCGCGAGUAACAUCACGGAGAGCCUGAUGAGCAUCAGCAGGAUGAUGUCGCAGCAAGUCCAGCAGAGUGAGGAGACCGUGCAGACCCUAGCAAAUUCUUCACGGACCAUCCUGGAAGCAAAUGAAGAAUUUAAGUCCAUGUCUGGGACAAUUCAGUUGGGGCGGAAGUUAAUCACCAAGUACAACCGCAGGGAGCUGACGGACAAGCUGCUCAUCUUUCUUGCCCUCGCCUUAUUCCUGGCCACUGUGCUCUACAUUCUGAAAAAAAGACUCUUUCCGUUUUUGUAAAAUUUCAAAGCUAAAUUGAACUAUUACGAAAGAUCGGAAGGAGAUGGCGUAAUAACGGUAAGGCUUUUAGGUAAAAUAAAACGGGAUAUUGCAAUAGCUGAAAGUGCAUUACAGCAGGCCUGGCUUUACGUUGUCCCUGGGGAGCACGCGACCUGCCUGAGAAGAGCUUAAAUGAGCACGAGGUG